GUGGGGUCGAAACACUAACCAGUCGAAUAAUGGUGAUGUUGAUGGUGAGUUCGAUUGGAAAGUGGGUGAGACUGAAAUACUGGACUGGUUGGAAGGCUCUACCGUUAAGGAGAUUAUGAAUCAGAGACGUUUACGUUGGUUUGGUCAUGAUCUGCGGCAACCUAGGGAUGCGGUUCAAAGAGAAUGGAUAGAAUCGGAGAUUGAAUCUGAUUCGAA